UUCUUCCUUCGGUCUCUUGUACUCCAUCGGCUGCAGCUCAAAACGGCGAUCUCAGGAAGUGAGCAACGACCUGCUAGGCGGAGAAGCAUCAGCGAGCAUGAAUGAUGCGAACGCCAUCGAAGUCGCCGCCGGAGUUCCGACUUCAGCUCUCAACCUUAUCGACCUCUCGAGCUCCGAUGUUCAACGGUCGGUGUCUCUGCUCAAACAGGCGUGCUUGGAUUCUGGCUUUUUCUACGUCAUCAAUCAUGGAAUCAGCCAGGAUUUAAUGGAGGAGGUCUUCGUUCAGAGCAGGCGGUUUUUCGGUUUGCCUUUGAGCGAGAAGAUGAAGCUGUUGAGGAACGAGAAGCACCGAGGCUAUACUCCUCUGUUCGAUCAGGUCCUCGAUCCUGCAAAUCAGAUAAACGGAGAUUAUAAGGAAGGAUACUACAUAGGAGUGGAAGUACCGGAGGAUGAUCCAGGUGCACAGAAGCCUCAUUUUGGACCAAACCUCUGGCCUUCUGAGGAGAUAUUGCCAAGAUGGAGGCAGACGAUGGAAAAAUUUCAUAGUCAGGCAUUAAAUGUGGCAAAAGUAGUUUCAAGGAUCAUUGCUCUAGCACUUGAUCUGGAGGCUGAAUUUUUUGAUAAGCCAGAAAUUCUCGGCGAGCCUAUUGCGACCUUGCGCUUGUUGCACUAUGAAGGUUUAGUCUCUGAUCCCUCCAAAGGAAUAUAUGGAGCUGGGGCACAUUCUGACUUUGGGUUUAUUACCUUGUUGGCAACAGAGGAUGUCCCAGGUCUCCAAAUUUGCAAGAACAAGGAUGCUAAACCUCAGACAUGGGAAUAUGUGCUACCUUUGAGAGGAGCAUUCAUAGUGAAUCUUGGUGAUAUGCUAGAACGAUGGAGCAAUUGUAUUUUCAGGUCCACACUCCAUCGAGUUGUAGGGAAUGGUCAAGAACGGUAUUCGAUUGCAUGCUUCCUGGAGCCUAACCAUGAUUGUCUCAUCGAGUGCUUGCCAACAUGUAUGUCAGAGGAAAAUCAUCCCAAUGCCACUGCUCUGCUUCGAACCUGCGUGCCGAAGUGGAUAUUGCAUGUCCAAGCCUCCAAGGAUCCAAGCACGGUUAAGAGGGCUGUAUAUAAGUUUAACUCCAUAAUUCAUGAGAAAAGAAAAUGUUUACUCAUGAAUUAGGCAUUGAUUAGGCAUUGACUUGUCCUGGAUUUGACGAAUUGACACGAUCAACUGCAUGCUCGCACGCUUUCUUUGCAGGCUUGGAUCCUUUUUGUGUGGGGAUUUGGGCGCUGCGUUUAGCAUAGCUUCUCCAAUAGUAAUUAGACAUGGUGCAUUCUAGCAAAUUUAUACCAGCAUGGGAUCCUAAAUUUGUUCAAAAUUGCAUCA